CACAGAUUAGUUUUCCCAGUGGAUAUUUUAAACACAUACAGCACAGAUAAAAACGGUUUGGCAUAGUCAAUGUGUAGAGAUGGGUGGUGCACUUAGUGUUGGUGUCAAAAAUGAAGUCAAUACAAUGUAUCCUUAUCCAAAUAAUAAUUAUAUUGAUUGUUCACACAUCAGGUAAGCCAUCAUGUGGUGUCCUUAGAUAAUCAAAGCUCUAGCCAUUCGAUCGUAACACUUCUUAAGUAUUUAUGAAUGUUGGAUCUAAUGCUUUGUUAUUAUCAAAUGAACAUCAACAAAUUCUUUUUUUUUUAAAAUUAAAUUUUAAUAAUGUAUGUAUCUAGUUCGUCGUUUAAAGUCUAAAAAUACUUGCCUUAAUCAUGAUAUAGGCUAAAAUAACAGUGGUGCGUACAUGGCUGAUAAGAACCAUGUUAUAUAUAUAUAUAUAUAUAUAUAUAUUACUUAUUUUUAAUGAGUCUCCAACACUCAUUUGAAAGAACAAAAAUAAAUUUUAAGAUAAGUGACUGGAAUUAUAAUAUUUGCAAUUAAAACAGAAUCAAUCUAACCAAUUACAUCCCAAUUAUAUUGUUACUUACACAUACCUGAAAAUAAAACUCAACACUGUUAUCAGAUUCAUAUCAACCGAAAUUGCGGUUCAAUUUCUGCACUAAAUUGAACUGUCAUGAUUAGUCAGAUCAUUUGCAGAAAUAUGGUAUUGAUUGGGUAAAAUUGCGGAUCGUGUAUAAGGGUAUUAAGUACCCGAAACAAAACUAAAAACUUUAUAUUUUAUUUUAAAUUUCUUCCUUUAAAAUUGUUGCGACAUAUUAAUAUUAGCAUAAACAAAUCCACAUUUUACAUACGUUAAAUUAUAUGGCUAAAUUUUUCUAUCAAGUAUUUUCAAAAAAAAAACUUUAAAUUUAACAACAGCUCUCCCCCCUUGCUCCUUCAAACGUGGCAUCGGGAUCGUCAUGACAUGUGACGUCAGCCAACUAAACGUGACGUCACUCCAGUGGCUGGUGGGCGGGAUGAUGUCGGAGAUGUACCCCUACCUCACGACCUGCGACCUGCACGGCUGUGACAAGCAGAGCUACGAGGGAACUCACACGUUUUUGGCCACUGUCCAGCUUGACCCUACCUCUACCCGUAUCGUCAACAGCAGCUUGCGGCUGCCCGGGGAUCCUUUCUUCAGUUACUUCGUCGGUGACUACAACUGUGUUCCUGAUGGGGGACAGUCUAUUAGGAUAUGUGAUGACCUCAACUAUUACGGUGAGGGAACGUGUUUCUAGUUUUGAUACUAUUUAAAUAUAACUAUAUGAAAAGAACUUGAAUAAAGCCAUAUGUCUAAAUAAAUAGAUAUAUAGAAUCAGAGAGACGUGUGGAGUGUAUGGGAGUAAAAAUGCAUGAGAGAGGGGGAGAGGGUGACAAUCGUUAAGUUACUCUUUCUCAUUUAAUAAAAGAAAUCCUUUAGUAUUAACUUAAUUGCCUGUUUAAAUAACAUAACUUAGUAAAUGUCAAACUGUCAGUGGAAAUUACAACGGGUAUUGUUAAGGAAAAUAAAUAAUUACAGGUUGUUUUUUUUUAAGUUCAUUCUUAAAAAAAUAUAUAUUAUUAUUGAUAAUAUAAUAAAUAUAAUUCUUACUUUAAUAUAAUGAGACAUUAAAUGAAUACAUAAUGGUUGACACUUAUUUUUAUAAUGAAACAUAUGUUAUAAUCUUGUUUUUUUCUUCCAAGCUCUAUUAUUUUAAUUUACAGUUCAAACUGUUCAUUCCUAUGUGUGUAUAUCUUAAAGAUGACCCAACUCCUCCUGUAUGUGGACCCCCGAUAGUAGCAGAUGAAGAAGUUAAACUCAGUUGUACAAUUGAUAAUGUCUACCCUGAUCCACAGUGCAGAAUAAACAUAGCAUCAAAUGUAAGGCGAUCCUAAUGUGACUCACACUUACACAUUAACUUAGUAUCAUGUUCAAAUAAGUUUAUUUACGUAUGUUAUAAUACAUGUUUAUAGCUAUGCCUAUAUGUGUUUACUGUUUUUUGAAUUAGCACUUUUCACUUAUAUGGAAGGAAAAUAUAAUGGUCGAGGAAUGGUUUUGAAAGAAUAUGCAAAUAUUUCUUUCUUUCAAAACAGAUUGUAUAACUAUAUUUUAACCCAAAAGCUAAGAAAGGUAGUCAUCAUAUGUUUUAGAUGAAAACUUAGAAAGACAAUAUUACCCGAUUGUACAAAAAACCAUAGUUUAGGAUAAGGACAAGUGUUCUUGAACUGUUUUGUGAUGUGAUGAAUAAAUGCCAUCUUAAUACUAAUACGCUAGUGAUAUAUUUUUUCCCUAUAGGCUAAAACAAUAAUACCUAAUAGUUAAUUAACAAUAAUGACUACUGGCUUUUAUUAUUUAUAUUUUGUAUGGUGCUUUAAGGUUUUUAAGUUUUUCUUUGGCUUUUGUUGUGUUGUUUUGCAUUCAAUGUAUUUUUUUCGGCAAUAUAGGAAUGAAAAAAGGUUAAUGGUAUGGAUAGAGAGCAAAAGUAUUACAUUACAAUUAAAACUAUAACUAGAAGAAAAUAACUAAAUUUUUAAUGAUGAUUUUGAAGCAAGUGCAAUACAUUCUGCUAAUAAGGGAUACGUUCUAUAUGUGCAAUUAAAAAAAAAAAAAUUGUUGUAAUAAAAAAAUAAAACAAAAUGAAACACGUUUUAUUUUAUUUUCUAGAACCUUCAAAGAACAAUCACUUAUAAUUAUUAUAAAUACCUUAUUAUAACUAUUCUUUUUUUUUUAAUCUCUUUAAAAUAGAAAAUUAUUAUUAUUUUUUUUUUUUUUAAAAAUUUUAAAAUAGGGUAAAGUUAGAAAUAUCGCAACAGAAGUAGUUGUAGAAAGUUCCCAGAUGGAAGAUAAUCCCGAUUACAUGAGCUUCUUAAAAAAUAAAACAAAAUGAAAAACGUUUUAUUUUAUUUUUUAAAACCUUUAAAGAACAAUCACUUAUAAUUAUUAUAAAUACCUUAUUAUAACUAUUCUUUUUUUUUUAAUCUCUUUAAAAUAGAAAAUUAUUAUUAUUUUUUUUUUUUUUAAAAAUUUUAAAAUAGGGUCAAGUUAGAAAUAUCGCAACAGAAGUAGUUGUAGAAAGUUCCCAGAUGGAAGAUAAUCCCGAUUACAUGAGCUUCUCUGCAGUCUGUAACGUAUCGAUUCCACUCAAGGACCUAGGAGUCGGCGAUCACAUGUUUCAAUUGGUGGCCUCCGCUAACUUCAACGAUACCGAUCUAGCCCAAGUCUACAGCAAUAACGUUUCGUUAAUUAUAUCGAGUACGAAGCUAAAAUUUAAAACAUUUAACUGUUAAUACGAUUGUUGCAGAGUUUUAAUUGAAUGCCUAGUUGAAUGUAGGCCUACCUAUAUUUAAUUUUUUGUUUUCCUUUCUUUCAAAUUACUAUUUUAUACUAUAUCAUCACUUGUUAAAUUACUAAUUACACUAAUUAAAAAUUAUCAACGCUAACACUAAUAAUUACACCAUUAAUCAGUCUUCAUAUAGAUUUAUAUUUGAUGCAAUUUUAUUAGUCAUUGCAGUCGCUACAUAAUUAAUAAUACUAACAAUAUUUUUUUUUUUCGCUUUAGGAAUUUUAAUUUGCAAAUUAAAAUAAUUUUUUUCUCAGCAAAAAAAUAAUAUAAUUUUAAAACCUCCAUGCAUUAAUAUACAUAUUAAGUAAACGACAUUAUUUUCACUCCCAUUGAAUAAAAUAUUGUCAACAUGUCAAUAGACGCGCCACAGAAGCCCAAGUGUAUGUACCCGGUGAUCAACACGACCAGUGAAGACAUUGCUGUUGAGUGCUACACCAGUUACGUGCACCCGGCUCUGGAAUGUGAAAUGGAAGCGUAUAAAAAUGUACGCUAUUUUAUAGCAUUUAUUUACCUAAAUAACAUAACAGUUUCUUACCCACUAUUUCCUGAAAAUAUUUCACACUGAAAUGUAAAGAAUUAUUUGAAAACUUAAGUCAUUUUAGUAAGCAUUACUAAAUUUGAUUUUCCUCAUACUUAAAUAAUAUGAUCUUACUUUGGUUUCCGUAUUUAGCUAAAAUGUAUGUGUCUUCAAUCAUAAAACUAUCAUUUUUUUUCAACUUCAAACAAUUGGGAAAUAAUUAAUAUAGAACUUGUGAUUACUUAUCUAUAUUUCUUCUAUCUUCUAGAACAUUCCGCUUGUCGUGCAGACAAAUGUCUCGUACAUUAACGAUGUCGCCUUAUAUCAGGCUAAGAACAUGUUUGUGUCCAAAUGUUAUUUCUCCAUCCCACUUUCCCAUAUUGGCCCUGGCUCAUUCAAGUUUAUGGUCACCAUGUACACCGAUGAUAACAACGCCACUGAUAUUAACCGAACACGCAUUACGGGGGACUUGACUUCACCAUUAUUGCUGAGUAAGCUUCAUUUUUUUUUUGUCAAUGUCAAAAAUGCUGAAAACAAAGGUAGCUUAAGAAAAGUGCUUGCUUGCUACUGAGUAAAUAGAUUCAAUAUGAAUCCAUGACGUACAUGACUUCUUGGAUCUUAAUAUGUAUUAUAAAUCAUUUUAAACAAUUCUUUUUUCUUUUAAAUGUAAAAGCAAAUUCUUUCUUGUUUAAUGUUACAUUUCAAUUUAGUUUUAAUUUUUUUUUUUUUUUAAAUAUAUGUUAGCUCUAUAUUUCUGUUGUUUACUAAUAAUUUUGAUGAAGCGACAACGAUAUUUUGUAAGUGUUUUGUUCAGAAAGGCUUUCUCUUAUCAUGCUCUAUUAAUUUAAUUUAUCCUUCGAUUAAUAGUUUGAUUUUACCACAAUUUCAAUUUUCUCUAACAUUGAACAGACCUGUAUGAGCUUUAGUUAAUUUGGGGUAGUUUGAAUCGUACAUUUUAAAAAAAAAAUCUUUUUUUUUUGCAAAGCGUCCAGUUAAACCGAUUCAGAGUUAUCUUUUUUUUGUGCAUAAAAACAUAUCAUCUAUAUUUUAAAUUUAAAAAAAAAAGGAAAAUACAAAAACAUUUUAGUAGAUCAGGGCAGGAUGUGAGUUUUUAUAAAGAGGCUAAACCUUUGGAAUAAAAUUGAAUGAUGCUCAUAAAAUAAGUGAGUUCAGUAUGAUAUUUGCUAGAUAAUCAAACGUUUAAUCGGGUCAGAGAAUGAGUUAGCUUUAGUAUUCUCCUUGGGCGAGCCAAUCCAUUUACCGCCCUCUUCUAGGAUACAAUCGCCACAAAUACCAAAAAGGUCACAAGAAUUUAGGUGAACGCUGGGGAGGUCGGUCCUACGCACGAAACUACCUACGCCACUGAAUGGAGUAAAAUACUUUUUGGCUAAAAACAUACUAUGAUAACGAUCACUUACAUUUUAAACUGAUUUUGUCUUUUUUUUUUUUCCCAAACAGAAAAUCCAGAGCUAAAAGAUUUAAGCAAACUUUGCCCGCUACAGGUCAACGCCAUACCCCGACCAAAGUGGACCAGUUGCGCAUGUCUGCUGGGCGAGGUAGGCAAUCCUCCAGGCAGUGUGGCAUGGCGCUCGAGUGACGGGAUGUCGUUUAAGGACAGCACGGUGUGGGCGUUUUUUGAUGACUUCAGUAAGGAGCGGACCUAUUCCUUUAUUGUCAACGUCAUUGGCAAUAGACUAUUCUUAAACGCAGUCAUAUUAAGAGAUGCAUUAAUAUUAGACUUUGACACAGUUAACAUAGUAUAUGCUGCAAUCUGUUUAUUCUUGCAUUACACAACUACCAUGUUCGAGAGUAACACAAUUUAGAAUUAAAUUGGUUUAAUUGGCGACACGUUUGUCUUCAUAGUAAUUUUAUAUAUGCUUAUAUUUAAUUAUUUUAUUAACAAUUAUUAUUUUAGACCAACACUAGUAAUAUAUAUAUAUAUAUAUAGAUAGAUAUAUAGAUAGAGAGACAGAGAGAGAGAGAGAGAAAAUGAGAGCCAGAAUGUGAGAGAGAUAGUGGGAGAUAGAUACAUAGAUUAAUAGAUAUAGAUAGAUAGUCAAAGAUAGUUGAAUUAGAAUAAUGCCAAGAGAAAACAAGAUGCUUAUAAUAAGGGAAUAAAUGUUGUUUUUAUUUUUAUGUAAUGAUAUUGAGAUCGUUUCGAGUUUAAGUAAAUUAAGUUCAAAUACGUUCAUCAGCACGCUAAAUGAUGAUCUUUAAAAAAAAAAAUGUGUUCUAAAUAUUGAAAAUUAAAAAAAAAAGUUUAUUUUUUAUUAUUUAGUAGCUUAAUUCAAUAUGAUUCAUCGCAUAGGCAUUCAUUUAUGAAAUUCUAUUUAAUAUAAAAUGCAUCCUCAACAGAAGCUAAUCGAACGUUUACAUGCAAGCCACAGACUCCAAUUACCGACGACUUGCCUGGAUUCACAUGGGCUCCUGCUUGGCAAGGUUCAUUAUUGUAUCUGCCUUGAUCUUAACUUUAAUCUUAUAAUCUAACUUUAAUAAAUAUAACUUUUUAUAUAUAUAAAUGUUACAAAGAUCUAAAUUUCAUAACACCAAUAGAGGGCUUAAACGAUAUAAACGACAAUUUCAAAGUAGAAUCAAAAGACAAAUUUUCUUUAAUUGAUUGCAGAUCCUCCCGUCAUAGCAAGGUUUACCGCGAAUGGCAAAGAACAACAGCUUCAAACCGACUUGAACGUGAGCGUCACCUUGGAUUGCCAACCUGGAGGCACGCCCUUGCUUAAGGUAGUCAUAAUUAAAGGGGACUCGGACAUUCCCCUUCCCUCUAACGGUACAUCCGUUUUAAUCGAGAUUAGAGAAUGCACGGACACUGCAAGCUACACGUGCCGGGCGUUGAAUACGUCAGGGACAGCUGUGGAUUCAAGAACAUUGGACAUCUUGGUCAAGUGUAAGUUUUUUUGUUUUUCUUUUACUUUUAAAUACCCCCCCCCCUCUGGCUCUGCACGUAUAUGUUAGAAGGAGUUUAUAAAAUGUAUUAAAUGUAUGUUAGAAAAUUUUAAGAAAGUAAAAUAUUUGUCUGUGCUUAUUUUUUGUUUUCUUUUGUUUAUUUUUGUUUUUUCUCUUCUGCUGUUUAAUGUCGUCAUGAACGUAACAUUCUAGACCGUGGCCAACUUUUAAGGGAUACUGAUUAUUCUAAUUGUAUUUAUUUAUGUGUACAUUUUCAAUCUGUGUCAAUGUUUCAUCACUGGGCAUUACAAAUGUUUCGUGUACCUUGAAAUAAAAAUAGGUUUCCCACAAUAUAUUUAUAUACAUAUUUAUAUAUAUAUAUAUAUAUAUAUAAUUCGUAAAAAUGGUUUCAUCUUUUUUGAGAGAGAGAUUUAUACAGAUAUAGAUAUAUAGAUAUGUAUAAAAUACUGCGACGCCAAUGGUGCGAAGCCUUAUCGAUACUAGUUUAUCCCUUGGGUUCACCACUUGCGUGGAGAGGGGGGACCUGCUGUUUGGGCAGCAGCUCAUUCUCCAUACUACUUCGCCCAGGCUUUAUCUUCAAUGGAGAGGACACUCAAGCAUCGCCGAAUGGUGUGAACACAACACGGGAGGCAGCGGUUUUCCGCUUUUAAGCCAUAGCUAAUCGGCGUAGAGCUAGGCGCCAGGUGCUGCUUCUGACGGUGGAAGAGAUCGCUAUGUCUCACUGGGUGCAGAACAUCUCAACAAGUAGGCCACAAAAACAUGCACCUAGAAAUAAGAACACAAAAGAAAAGAAGACCCCAGCUCUUCGACUAGCAAGCUGGAACGUGAGGACAAUGUUCCCGGGCAUUACUGCCGACCUUCAGCUCAUAAACGAUGCAAGGAAGACAGAUAUCAUUGAUAGAGAGCAUAAUACAUUGAUAUUGCCUGUCUCCAGGAAACUAGGCUCCCUAAAUUUGGUACCAUAAGAAAACACAACUACACUUUCUUCUGGCAGGGUGGACCAAUGGACGCACCAAGACAACAUGGGAUUAGUUUUGCUAUUAAAAAUAAACUCUGCUCCUCCAUGGAACCACUGACACAGGGCACAAAUAGAAUACUAACUAUCCGACUAUCAACAUCUUCAGGUUUAGUCAACAUCCUCAGUGCUUAUGCCCCAACCCUUUCCUCCAGUUCAGAAGCCAAAGACCAGUUCUACGAAGAUCUUAAUCAAACAAUAGCCAGCAUACACAACAACGAAGCAAUUUACCUUUUGGAUGACUUCAAUGCAAGAGUAGGAAGCGAUCACAUGGCCUGGCAAACAUGCCUCGGUCAUUUUGGAAGAGGCAGGCUAGAUGAAAAUGAUUAAAACAGAGUAGGGUUAAACCUGAAUAAAUAAACGCAACAAAACAGCGAACGUGUCGGCAGAAAGCCUUCGUCAGCGAACAAAACAAUAGAAAAAACGGUAUAAAAAUAAAAAUAAGAAAUAGCACAUAGCUUGUAAGUAGUAUCUGUGGGCAGCAAUAGAAGUGUGGCAGCCACACAACAUGGGAUUGGUUUUGCUAUUAAAAACACACUCUGCUCCUCCAUGGAACCACCGCCACACUUCUAUUGCUGGCAACAGACACUACUUACCAGCUAAGUGCUAUUUCUUAUUUUUUAAUACCGUUUUUUUCAGUUGUUUUGUUCGCUGACGAAGGCUUUCUGCUGACACGUUCGCUGUUUUGUUGCGUUUAUUUUUUCAGGUUAAACCCUACUCUGUUUUAAUCAUUUUAUUUUGUACUAACCUGAUUGCAGUCUCUCCCCUUAUUACCCCUAAAUGAAAAUGGGCAGAGACAAUUGGAACUGUGCUGACUACAUGGACUAAGUGUAACUAACACCUACUUCAACUGUAAGGCUAUCUACCAAGUGUCAUGGAGGCAUCCCCGUUUUAAACACUGGAACCAGUUAGAUCUCAUAAUCACAAGACGCACACAACAGGCAAGUGCCCUCCUCACACGCAGCUACACACAGCGCAGACUGCGACACUGAUCAUUCCUUAUUGGCUAUCAACAUAAGGCUACAGCCAAAGAAACUGUAUCUAUCUAAAAACAAGAAUAAACCACGCAUAAACCUCUGCUCCACCAAAAAUCCAGAGAGAUCGAAGUAUACACCCAUAGUCUACAAGAAGCUCUUGUACAAACGCCACCAAUGGACAAUAUCGAGUCAAGAUGGUCACAUUUGCGGGAAACUAUCUAUAACUCGGCUAUCACGGCAUUUGGAAAGAGAGAACGCAAAGGUGCAGAUUGGUUCGAGGCCCCUUGGCAGGAAAUGAAACAUGUCACCGAUGCAAAAUAAAGGCCCUCUUAGCUUAUAAAGACAUACCUUGCCCAGCAACUCUACAAUCGCUUAAACACGCCAAGACAAAUUCCCAGCAGGCAUCUCGUCACUACGCUAACACAUACUGGCUCAAUCUAAGCUCCAGCAUACAAUCAGCUGCUGAUAGAGGUGAUGCAAAGUCAAUGUACGAGAAUAUAAAGCAAGCAAAUGGCCCUCUGAUCUCCAAGACUGCGCCCUUAAUGUCCAAAUCAGGGGAAAUUCUUACUGAUUGAGAUAAACAACUUAAUUGGUGGAUAGAGCACUACUUGGAAAUAUACGCAACGAUCAAAAAGGUCUCAACCGCUGCCCUGGACGAUAUCCCAGACUUACCUGUCAUGGAGGAGCUUGAUACACUAACCCCCAUAGAAGAGCUGCGUAGAGCCAUCGAUUGUCUCGCCAGUGGGAAAGCCCCGGGCAAUGAUGGAAUCCCACCAUAAGCUCUCAAAUGUGGAAAAGGAGUACUAUUACGGCCCUUGCACGAUCUCCUUACUCUGUGCUGGGAACAGGGACAGCUACACUAAGAGUUGAAAGAUGCAAUAAAGAAGACAAGAGUGACUGCAACAACUAUCGUGGAAUCUCCCUCCUCAGCAUAGUUGGAAAGCCUUUCGCCAGAGUUGCAUUAACACGCCUACAGACUUCGCGUGUACUCCCAGAAUCGCAAUGUGCUUUUUGCGCCGGUAGGUUAACCAUAGACAUGAUUUUCUCUCUCCGCCAGCUUCAGGAGAAGUGCAGGGAGCAACAUAUGCCUUUAUACAUUGCGUUUGGUGACCUCACUAAGGCUUUUGAUCUUGUCAGCAGAAGCUGCCUGUUUCAGAUCCUCAAAAAGAUAGGCUGCCCUAAGAUCCUCAAAAAGAUAUGGUGCCCUACAAGACUGCUUAACAUCAUCAAGCUGUUCUAAGAAAACAUGCAGGGCACAGUGUGCCAUAACGGUGCCGCCUCAGAAGCUUUUCCAGUGAGUAGUGGAGUAAAGCAAGGUUGCGUGCUGCUCCUACUUUAUUUGCAAUCCUUUUCUCAAUCCUACUCCAGUAUGCCUUUAAGAACAAGAGCGAGGGGAUACACAUCCACACUAGAGAUGACGGCAAAUUAUUCAACAUUGCCCGCCUUAGAUCUAAGACUAAAACAAGAAAGGUCUUGCUGCGAGAGUUCUUGUUUGCGGACGAUGCCGCUUUGGUAUCUCACACAGCUGACGGCCUGCAGAGCCUCGUAUCCAGCCUAACCGCUGCCUGCAAAGAGUUUGGCCUGACAAUUAGCCUAAAGAAAACUAACAUUAUGGCACACUGCGCUGACUCCCUCCCCACUAUCUCUAUCGACGACUACGACUUUGAUGCUGUUGACUGCUUCACAUAUCUGGGAUCAAACAUUUCAAGCACUCUCUCAAUGGAGAAUGAGAUAAGUUGAAGCAUAGGGAAGGCCGCAACUGUUAUGGCCAGACUGAAGAAAAGAGUCUGGUCAAACGCCAAACUAACAACAAGAACUAAGCUGCAGGUGUACCAGGCCUGCGUACUGAGCACACUCCUAUAUGGAUGCGAGUCGUGGACCACAUACUCUAAACACUAAAGAAGGCUCAAUGGCUUCCCCCUCAGAUGCCUGCGCCACAUCCUUGACAUUAAAUGGCAAGACAAAUUCCUCAACAUGGAUGUACUAUCCCAAACAAACAUGUGUAGCGUCCCAGCCAUGUUAAUCCAAAGGCGCCUCCACUGGCUUUGACACGUCAAGCGAAUGCAACCUGGUCGCAUACCAAAGGACGUGCUGUACUGCGAGCUGGCGACAGGGAAAAGGUCAGUUGGACGGCCUCGUCUGAGAUACUAUGACAUAUGCACAAGAGGCAUGAAGUCGGCCAACAUCGACAUCUCAAACUGGGAGGAGCUGGCAGAGGAUCGAUCCUCAUGGUGGGACAUUGUGAAGGCAGGAUCACUACAUGCCGAGGAUCAAAACAGGGCAAAACAUAGCUGCAAAAAGAGCGAGGAGGAAGGCCGGUAAAUACUGCUCCACCGCAUUCGUGUGUGGGAAAUGUAACAGAGACUGCCAUUCGAGGAACGGUCUCACCAGCCACACCAAGAGCUGCAAGCAAUAAAGAUAUCUAUCGUCUCCCGCAGACGGAAAAAUGCCAUACAUACAAUAUAUAAUACUUUAAUAACUUCCAGUGGAAUCUUUCAUUUCAGGCCCUAUGCAGCUGGUCGACAAGAAUGUAUUACCCAUCACAGUGAAAUCAAAAUCCAAAAUAAAUGUUGACAUACCUUUACAACUAUUAGGCUAUCCUAAGCCCACGACCUUCUUACUCGUACGCAACAUACACAACAGAAGUGAAGACUUGAUGUAUUGGCACGAUUUCGAUGUCGAGUAUAACGUGACGAGGAGACAUAUCAUGUAUCUUGUCCUCACUGUCAGAAGUGUCUUGAACACAGCAAACUACACGUUCACCGUGGGCAAUGGCGUGGGUCAAUUCUUAGAUGUGGAUUUUUCUAUUACGAUCACUGGUAGGUGGUAUUUCAGGCUUAACGUUUUAAAAGGAUAAGAAAUUAAAUUUCAUCAACUGAACGCAUGCAAAAUUGAAUUCUUCUUCUUCUAUAUCGUAAGGGCCCACGACCAAUUUAUUGAUCAUUUUGGCUGCUAUGCAUGUAGAUGGGAUUUGCAAUGUUUCUGUUACUGGUGUUGAUGAGGAAAUCAUGCACUAGGGGUUUGAACGCUUGAGGCAAUAGACACAAAUGUGUCUAGUGUUGUCGCCUCAACCGUUCCUUUUGAAAGAUUGUUCCAGUCCCUGAUUUUCUUGGGCAGGAAUUAAUUAAUUAUGAUUAAAACAUCAAAUAAAACUCUAACUCCGGGUAAAUGAGACCCCUAAAUCUUGGAAUGCAAAUCAACUAGGAGAAGGAGAAACGUUGAAUUCAAACCCGUAGAUGGAGUCCCUUUGGUCCUGUUUAGACACAAUAUCAAUAAAAAUUGCCUGCAGUCUAAGUCAUUCUUUUCAUUUUCACUGAAGUCCAUGACAUUAGUUUAGAGAUGGGAUUUGCUGAGAAGGGAUUAGGAUUAUUCGUCUAACUAAUUUGAAUGGUUUUGUGUUUUUGCAUACGAACAUUGCACUCUUAAACAUCGUCCCACUGUGACGCACGAAUUUCUAAAAAAAUAAAUUAAACAUUUUUAAUAAACAAAUAACAAAAAAUAAAUUAUCAAGGCUUGGACAUUAAUCAUAAAAAUUCUUUUUCUUGUAUAUUAAAAACCCUCAAUUUAAAUUGGAGUCUUAAGUAAAAUGCAGGCAUGACGAUAUGUCUUUUCUUUUUGAUGGGUCAAUGAUGUUUUAAAAUCUAUCUUACAGAAGACGAAUCUUCAGAUGUAAAUAUUGGAGCUGUUGUGGGCGGUGUAGUAGGCGGUAUUGUUGCAGUUAUUUUUGUGGUGUUGUUUAUUUAUUGGGCACAUCGACAAAGGAAGAAUGGAAGGUAAAUAAAUUAGAUUAAAAUUAUAUACUUUUAAAAAUGUCUUUUUUUAAUUUCCUGGUAAUUUUUAAAAAUAAUAAAAUCUCCUUAAGGUCCCCAUUCAUUAAUACUUGAAGGAAUGCAUUCAGACAGUGUAAAAGAAAUAAUAGAACUAGAUGUGUAGAAGCUUACAAAUUGAUAAAAAAAACAAUGAACAUUCAGGAUAAACGCCACCAUGACAAUCACACAAAUAAACAAAUAAUUCCUUCAAAAAUUUAUUAUGAUUUUAAAAAACAAAACUUCUUGUAAGUUCUUGGGACCAUGGGCGUUUUUAAAAUUUAUUUAAUUUUUUUUUUUUUAAACGGCCAUUCGUUAUAUAUGUCCGUCAAAGACAAGUAAAGCCAUUGAAAUUAUGUUCAAUUUCAUUUUUUAAUGCUUACGAUUACAUCUGGCCAAAACAUUUACUUAAUUGAUUGUUUGUUGGUUUUUUUUUUUUGAUUUAUUUUUGUUGCAAUCUUCUACCUUUUCAUUAGCUUUAUUUAAAUAAAUUUUAUAUUGAUAGAUUACAAUUUGAAAAAUGUUAUGUCACACUGUAAGCAAUUUAAUAGAAUCAAAACACAGGAGAAUUUAUCAUGAGACAUGACACUUUUGCGCAUUUUAUUAUAUGCACAUUUUAAAAAAAAACAUUACUCUUCAGUAUGGCUACCCGUCAUAAUACUUCGUCUUGCUCUGUGUGUUUAGAGAACUAAGAAUAAAUUUAUUUAUUAGUGCUUUGGGCAACUUUCGUGUUGGUGGAGUUGACGGCGUGCAAUUUUUACACCUACUACCAUUCCGUUGAGAGGCAAAAAUAUAUUUUAUAGCACUAACAGGUCCAUAAAUAGCUGUACAUGGUUAAAACCAUUACGAAAAAUGUUACAAACUAUUUAGCGUAAUGUUUUAGUUGAGCUCGAAAUAACCCACUAGAGGAAGGCGUCCGCAUUGCGUCACAGCGAGAAUUUCCCUUUUAAACCAAAGUUGCACUUGUAGCAUGCAUUCAAGUAAUGCACGUUAUAGGAAUACCAAAUAGUGCUAACUUCUUGGAACUUUCUUAUGCUCGUCUGUUUUGUGCUACUAUUAAACCCACAGUCACAGCCAGAUACAUGCCAACAUAUUCUUUCGUGCGAUGCUUGUGUUUUAAGGAUACAUUUUCAAAAAUUAUGUCACAUAUAAAUAUCCUUACUUCCUCAACAGAUCCAACCAAGCUAACAACGAAGACGUUAUUCAUAUCUCAAGGAUACUGACCGACGAAAACAGGAUAAAUAAUUGACUUUAAUUCAGCUACAUCAAUGAUAUACAUUUACUCGCAUCAGGAUAAUUUUAGUUUUGGAAGGGGAAACUGCCGAACAGCCAGCUGUUGAAUGUUGCUAAUGGACUGAGCAUUGCUGCUCGCGUAUUCCUUGCUAUUUUCAUUAAAAAAAAAAAAUGACAAUUUUGUAUCACCUUGUUCAUUUCCAAAAUGCACACUUUCAGAAAAGCGGUGUAUCGCUACCCACACUAGAUCCCAGGAGAAGUGUACUUUCUAUCUUUUUACACGCAUCUUUAUACAAAUAAGAAUUUAAAAAAAUAAAACAAUGUUGUCAUUAACUUUCCAAAUAUAAAGUUGGACGCACGCAUACGUUUCAUUUCUAGAAGAACAUGUUAUGUGGCGUAAUUUUUACGAUACAACUGAUAUUCUUACAACGGUCUACCAAUUGCUGCUGUAUGCUCACUUCAUUUGGCAGUUGAAAUGAAAUUAGCGAUACCUUCACGUGCAUGUCUUUGCUACUUUCAAAUAAUAUUAUUCGGUGUUUUGGUUCCUAACCCUUUCAGUCACGUGACCGUUACAAUUCUGAAGUUUUAGGGUCAUUUAUUUAUACAUUUUUAAUACAUUUUAGUGUGU